UCCCGUGCACGGUGCACAUGUGCAUACCUGUCGGCGUGCCUCGGUCUUAGCAGAACGUGGAUUCCCUGGAAAAGGAGCAGUAGAUCUUAGCUUUGUUGUUAUUUUGGAUUUCAAAACACAUUUGCCCUGUAUUCUUUUCUUAUCCACCAACAAAUAUCAAGGCAGUCCGGGCUAUGGUGAUCCUGGGUUUGAUCCUGGGUGCUGUAGGAAGUGCCUGUGCGCUAUUGCAUCUCAUCUGUAGCUUCAUGUCACGGGAGACUAAAGCUGUGGUGCCACUCGUUGUCAUGGGAACCUGCUUGGCAGCUUUUAUUUUCAUCAUAAUUGGCGUCAUCGUUUACGCGGCGGACUACUACGACGUGGUACGAAAGUCCUUCAAUCUUGGCUACUCCUUCGCUCUGUGUGUCGUGGGGGGCAUUCUUUUGGCAAGCGGAGGCGGUCUCUUCUUUUUGGGAGACAGGAAAGACUGAACUUGGAAUUAAUAUUCAUUUUUAUAAUGUUAAAUAUUAAUAUCAAAAUGGUGAAAAUGUCUACAUGUCGUAUUCUGCCUGUGUACAUAAUGUCAGUCUUUGUAAGAAUGAGAAACGGUAUGUGUGAAUGUAUUUAGGAGUUAAAAUGUCCAAGAAUAAUUAUGUCACCCCUCCCCUACCCCCACCCCACUCCCUCAUCCCUUUUAUUUCUGUAUACUCUGCUCAAUACUUCAGAGCAAUAAUUUGUAACUUUUUUGUGUAUUCCAAUCGCCAAUGUCAAGCCCACAGCAUGCUAUCUAAUCUUAUUUUCAUUGUUACUUUUUGGGGUGUUAUUCUUAAUAAUAUAUUGUUUUUGGUUAUUUUUCAUAAUAUUAAACCACAUAAUAUUUCCCAA